GCCAAAACGAACCGAAUAAUUCUGUAAUAAAUAAUUUUUAUUAUUAGUCAUUUAGUAUUAGUAGUGUUUAUUUAAGUAGUUUAAUUUAAUCAAAAUGCAACAAUGGAUAAAAGCAGAGUUUGCUACGUGUGGGAUCAAGAUUUGAUUCAACAAUGCGAUUGUCUGCCAGCAGUAAUUGGGCGUGCAUCUCUUGUGCACAGCUUAAUCUCAAGCUACGGUUUACUACAGCAUUUGAAGGUGGUUCGAUCAUCACCAGCGACGUAUAAAGAUUUAAGAAAAUUUCACUCAGAAUUGUACAUAGACCAUUUAAAAAGUUUCUCUGCGAUUGAUGACGAUUACAUGACUAAUGCCCAGGAUGAAGAAUAUGGUAUAGGAUAUGAUUGUCCACCAGUAUCAAACAUGUUUGAGCUGAUAUCAUCAAUAGCUGGAGGUUCCAUAACAGCUGCAAAGUGCCUGGUAAUGGAUAUAGCUGAUGUUGCCAUCAACUGGUGCGGGGGGUGGCAUCAUGCACAGAGAUUUGCUGCUGAUGGAUUUUGUUACGUAAAUGAUAUUGUGAUAGCUAUUGAAACUUUAAAAAUCAAAUUUUCUAAAGUACUUUACAUAGAUUUGGAUGUUCACCAUGGUAAUGGAGUCCAAGAUGCUUACAAUUUAAGUAAAUCAGUCUUUACACUAUCAUUUCACAAAUAUGAGCCAGGCUUUUACCCUGGCACAGGAAAUAUUGCUGACAUCGGCACUCAUACUGGUACGGGAUAUUGUUGCAAUAUACCUUUACGAGCUGCUUAUUCUGAUGAUACUUUAACAUGUAUGUUUAAAAAUGUAUUCACUAAAGUUUAUUCCUUAUUUAAACCGGAUGCAGUCGUCGUCCAAUGUGGCGCGGAUGCCUUAGCUCACGAUCCAAACGGAGGCACAUGUUUGACUAUUAAAGGAUACACUUUAUGUGUGCAGAGCGUUCUCGAUAAACGGAUACCUACUAUUUUAUUGGGAGGAGGAGGUUACAACCACCCAAACGCUGCGCGACUAUGGACAAGUCUCACGGCCCUCACGAUAGGAAAGACUUUAGAUGAGGAUAUUCCCGAUCAUAGCAAUUGGCCAAGCUAUGGACCAACAUACACUCUGAGCGUAGAGCCUACUUUGAUGAAAGAUACGAAUAAACAAAGUUACCUUGAUGAAUGUAUACGCAUAAUCAAUGGUCACCUUGACAAAUAUUUACCUAAUGAAGAUAUUGAAACAAAGAGAAGAAAGACUGACAACAUAACGAAAAAUCCAGGUAUUUCCAAUCAUCAGAGAACUCAAGCAUCAACUUCCAAAGAUUGUAUGAAUAAGGAUUAUAAAAGGAAUAAGGAAUAUUUUUGCACUAAUGGUUUGUUACAAAUGACUACGCAAUCUAAAGAUGUGUACGAGUUUACCGAUGACUGAUCUUGCAAGUGCUUCAUGCCCCAAAAAUUCGUACACAUGAAAAUAUAUACUCAAUUCAGAAAAAGCUUUGUUUUUUAUGUAUGUACUUAAUAUUUUUUCUCCAAUUGUAAUUGUAAUUUGUAAUUUGUACCCAACACUUACAUGUAAAACUUGACAAGAAAUUGCAACGUGAUUGCAACAAAAUGACAUAGGACCGGCGCGGACAAUGUUAUGUUAAUCUCUAAGUAAGAAUUUGUCAUUCAGUAUUUCACUAAGAAUUGUUAAAAGAGAAAAUUAUUGCGCAAUCUAAACAUAAUUGUUAUGUACAAGAAUAUUUGGCACCGUAUGGGCUGUGCAGUGACUAUAUAACACACUCUUCAAUGUUAUAGGUAAACGUAGGUAUGUACAUUUUGACAAAACAAUACAAUGUAUUGUUUUUUUGUAAAAUAGAGUCACCAAACGACUAUAACUACUAGUGGUAAAUUAAACUGUCGACUACAGUUCGCUUAAUUUAAACUGGUCUGCCAGGUCUACAGGUACUUCUAUUAAAUGUUAUAGGAUUAUCGAAAUAAUUGAAAAGCACGUGUUUAAUUUGACCGGCAAAUUUCGAUGGAAAUAAUCGAUGAUUCCGCCAGGAAAACACGCCACUAUACUUAGAAUUAGACCAGAGUGUGAAUUUUGAGGUCUACGAGUAAAAACUGACUGUUAGAGCAAAAAGCAAUAAAACUCACGUUGUGAUGUAAUUUUAUCGUUGUUUGCAUGAGCGCCAUCUAGUUUGGUUUUUGAUAUCAAUAAAAGUUAUCGAGUUUUGGUACAGUAUUGUUUUCAAGUUAAAGAUUAUUUUUGAAGUAGCAUCUGUAGCAACAGUUGACAUUAUGAAGGUUGCGAUAUUUUUAGGGGUGACGGCUCUCGUCCUCUUGCCCUCGGGCACAGUGUAUUAGGAGAAAUAAAUUCACAUGUGGAAUUAGGAAAUCAUUUUCGAAGAAAUAAAAACUUUUUAGGGAGAAAUUGACGUCAAUCGAGUAUAAAAAAGUAAAUAAUGAUAUAUGUAUAGGUUAUUCCGAAAAGUAUGCGAGAUUUUUAGAGGCAAUUGUACGUUUUUUUAGUUACCUGUAUAAUUAUUACCCUGUAUACAGGCUGUAUAUUUGAAAGCGAGACAUAUUCAUA